UUUUUGUGGUUAGGAAACGCGAAGGUGAAAUAAAAAUAAUCAACAAUACAACAUUUCGAUUUCUGAUAUUAGAUAUUUACCUUUAUCUUUUUUCACAUGAAAAUCAAGAAAGUGAAGUAUGGAAAAUUUAAGUGAAUUUGUUGAAUUGUUAUUUUUCGACACAUUUGCACACGACAAUACAGAAGAAAUCAAUUUGGAUUUGGUUCAAUUUCCAAAACCUGUCUAUGUAACUGAAGUGAGAAUAAUUCCUCUUGGUGCAAGAGUUCAAGCAGAUUUUCCAGGCGGUGUACGUCUUGGUGCUACCAAUCCAAGCCAAUUCAAAAUUGAAUUUUUCGUGAAUGAUCUUGGUAAACCAGGUGCCAGUACUUUUGAAAGUUUGGGAGGGUUUGAAUAUAAUCAGAAUGGAUGUAUAAAUUUGGAAUGUGCGCCUGAUGAAACAAUACGAAAGAUCCCCACUGAUGGAUUAGUUUUGAGGGGAUGGUAUACAACAAUAACUCUAGCAGUUUAUGGUACAUUAACCAAGAAUAUAGCCGAACAAAUUGUUCAACCCGUAGUUAAUCCACCAGUGGUUCCUAGUCAACCAAAUUUGGUUGAAACCCAGCAAAUACUUCCAACAAACCAUCUAGAGACAGAAUGGCCCACAGAAAAUAUAACAAUCCCUAUAGAUUAUAAUCAGCCAGCUCAGCCUUACCAACAACCUUAUACACAGCCAGAACCAUAUCAACCUGAAUAUACAGAAUAUUAUCCAGAUCCCCCUAAGGAUCCUAGAAAUUAUCAUGUUGAGAAUGCAGAAUGGAAUAAGGUUUGCCCAAGACCAAAUGAGAAUGAAAGGGAAAGAGAGAGAUCAAGAGAUACAGGUUAUGAGAAGUCUGAUAGGGAUCAUAGGAACGAAUCUGAUAAGAGAGAUAGAGAAAGGGACAAGAUCCACUCGAGUAACACAAGUAGAGACAGGGAAAGACAGCCCAGGGAUUAUAGAGGCUCACCGAGAGACAAUGAUCAUGAUAGAAGUUCAGAUAGGGAAAGGAUCCGGGAUCGUUCAUAUAAACAUGAAGAUUCAUGUCGUCGCUCUUAUAGCAGAACUGAGGAAAAGGAACGAGAAGAUAGGAAAAGGCCGCGAACUCCUCCAAUAAUGUCGCCAAAACGGCCUAAAACACCUCAUGAAGCUAUAGAGAAUCCCCCUGAAAGUGAGAAAGAAUCUAACAUUGAUUCUUCUGAUAAGAAGGGUUUCAAAGGUAAUGUAGAAGAGAAAGAACAAUCUGCAACAGCGGAAGAACCAUCCAAGAUAGAUGUGGAAGAGUUUGAGCCAAUCUUGAGUGAUGAAGAUAUUCUGGAUGAUAAUGAACAGUAUCAGGACGUUCCGGAAGAUUUCAAUGAAAUUGGUGAUACUGAUGAUUUAGUUAGGGUGUUUAUACCAGGCUCUACUGAUCUCACUUCUUACCAGCCUGAAGAGCCUUAUAAAAUUUCGGAAGAUUCCAUUGAAGUCAGUGAAAAUUUGAAGAUCGUGAUCGGUAUUUGUGAUGAUUAUUUCAAGUCGAGCAUUACGAAGUAUUCCACUGAAAAUUUCAGCAAGCUAAGUCCGGAAAUCAAAGAAGAAUUCAUUCAUUUGUGCGAGAAACUCACUUUCACGAUUGGUUCAGUUGAAAAAUUCAUAACGAUAAUCAAACUCUAUCAAGAAAUACAGAGUUUUGCCAGUCAUAAAUGGAAUGCGGUAGAUACGGAAAUUUCUGAUCAAAUUAAUUUCAUUUUCGAUUCAACAGUUGAUUGGCUUAAAAUCGCCCUCAACUAUGACUUGGCGAAUAGCCAAGAUCAGCCGAUUUACAAAAUUCGUCAUAUCAAGUGUGGAUUGAGAAUAGCUCAGUUUUGUUUCGAGAGCAACAUUUUUCUAGAGAAUCUCUUCAAGAAAAAUUUCGGUGUUUUCAAAGUUUUAUUGAACUUAUAUCAGGAAGAAUUCAUGGCUCCUUCCAUAAAACUCAUGAUUUUGAAGGCUCUAGAUACUUGUUUGAUUCAUAAAUUUGGAAUGGACAAAUUUUUAGAAAUUGUGAAUAGAAAUACGGGAAAACAGAACGGGUUCAGUCGGGAAGAGAAUAAAAGCAAUUACAGUAUUCUUUUGAAUCAACUGAAAUACAAUACACCAGUUCGAUUGAAAUUCUCCCUGUGUUCAAUCAUAAAAAAAAUUAAUAUAUACGAAAUUUUCACUGUAUUUCACUCGGUUAUCUCGAAACUGAAAAAUUCUGAAUCCAACGUAUCUACGAGUGAAAUUAAUUUGAUUGGUAAGUUCUUAGAACAAAUUUUACAAUAUUUGAGGAACGAACAAUUUACUCUGACCCAACCCAAAAGGUUCCUACCUGUUUCUUCUCAAUUUGAAAUCGUGAGGGAGCAAUCGAAAAACGUUUUGCUGGAGUAUUUCAAGAUAUUCAACUUUGUGGAGUCUCUUGUACUGUUAUUAACGCAUCCUCUUCUUUCUAAUCUCCCAGUGCUGAAAAUUCCGAUUUUAGAGGUUGUAUAUAAUUUAUCCGAAACUCGUGAUGGAAUAGAUUACAUGUCUUCUCGUUCGGAGACUAUGAACGUACUUCUGAAAUAUCUUUUACAAACCGAGGAGGAUGAACAAUAUUCCAUGGAUAUUAAAUCGCAAAGUUUAGGCAUCGUGCUGGCAUACAAAUUGAGGACCCAUUAUCAUAUAGCUAAACUUCUGGAUAUUGGAGAGAAAAAUAUCGAUUUAUCAUCGAACGAUAUUCUAGACGAACUUCAUGGACUUUUUUGCUUAUCGUUAUCUCCAGUGGGAAAAAUUGCAAUGGCAAACGUGCUCGGCAUGACGGAAAAUUUCAAAGCCGUUAUUCAGUUCAUAAAUAUCAAGGAAAAACCUGAAAGUCAGUCUUCGAAACUUAAGAAAUCCCCGGCUAUUCUAUACGUUAUCGAUUUAGUCCACAUCGUUUUGAUUCACUCGUCGAAUAUCGAAAUAUUGGAAAAGUUCAAAAAGGAAAUUUCACAUCUUUCGAAUUACGAAGGUCAACAGGAAAUUUGUUCAAACAAAUUGAACAGCAUCAACGCUUAUAUUUCGCCCGUUCAGAACACGAUCACUUAUGAUAAUAUAUCGUCGUUUGUGGAUAUUAUUGCGAAGGAAAUAGAUAAUUUGAUAGAAAGGCCGGAACAAAUAAUCACGAGUUUGAGGAUAAUAUACAGCCUUGGAGUUUCGAAACAUGCGGCGAAAUCGGCAAUAUUCGAAAAUCCGUUCAACAAUUACGUCGAGUUAAAAUACAAACACGUUAUUUUGCAACUUUUCUCCCUCGAUGGCGUUGCGCUAAUCACGAAGAUUCUACAUAAGAUCUGCGAUUAUUAUGAACAGCCUAGCGUGCACUUGGCGAAUUUCAUGUCGCAACAAGGACUUUCAUUGGUCGAAAUCGUAUACCCGUGUGUGAUACUCCUGAAGCAAAUGUUGACUUAUGCCAUCCAAUGUAGAAAUACCAACUUCAAGGACUUGACUGCUGUUCCCGUUCUUCUGCAAACUUAUAAUCUUAUGAACUCGUAUCCCAUGGAUUCGCCGCAUUUCGUCAAAUGCGGUAAAGUGAAAGAGAGCAUCGUUGAGAUUUUACUGGUGUACACGCAGCCGAUUUCUGAUGAAAUCCAUGAAAAGGACACACUCAAUAAAACAUUGUGGAGUCUGAUGUGCAAAGAGGUCAUCCAGUACAUAACUACGGCUCCUUACACAUUUAUAUCUGGACUGUUGGUAUUCUCUGAGCUGCUUCCCCUUCCACUACCAAUCCAAACUAACGAAGAACUUCAAGAAAACGACACUGCGUGGAUGAUAAACUUGAGAAAAUUGUGGGCCGCACACUUGCAUCCAUUGAGUCCUCUAAUACAGGACUUUGUAAAUAAACUAUGUACGACGUCAAACCAAUCGUUACUGAAUCUUCUGAGGAGAAUAUGUGUUCAAAUAUCAGACUUGGCGGCAAAUUCCGCCCUGAUGAUUGCAAGAGGAGUUUUGGAUGCCGUUAAUGAAGAGAUCACACCCAAGGAGAACGCGAAAGUAACUUGCACUUUACAUUUGGCCCGACUGUUGAACUUUUUGGCUUGUCUUGUUACGCAUUGCACACUGAAGUGCGCCGUGUUAUCCCUUUUUCAAACGCAAGAACAAAAGUAUUCCCCACUGAUUUCCUACUUUGUGCAAAUUUUGAAAACGAAUAAUCAGAUCAGCCAUCAUAUACAAUGUCAAGAAUGCAUUCUGAGCAUAAUUCAGAGUUUUUGUGAUGCUGAAAUAAGCUUAAUGCAAAAUUCUUCCGAACAAACAUCCAAUCUGUAUCUCUCCAACGCGCUCCCAACCAAAGAUCAUCUAAUAAGUUUCAUAGAAGUCAUCUCGGAACAUUUGUUCAAUAACAAUUCCUUUGUCACAUAUUUACCAGCGGUUAGGACUAUCUUCCUUCUAACUGAGCACGAUUAUGGUUUUUAUCAUCUCAGAGAAAUACUUCUGAAGCGAUCUGGAUUAUUCUCGAUCUUACUGGAUAAACUCAGCAAAAGUUUCGCAAAAGACAAUGCAGAAUGUAUUUCUGUCCUUAACACUCUGAUAGAGUUCUUCUGCAUCAGUAUUGUUGUCGAAGAUGUUGUUGUACCCCUCACAUAUUCUCCGAGGACCAUGAAGUUCAGUUUGAAGGAGCUCAAAGCACUGAUUGCUUGGAAAGAUGAGAAGAAUGAAGAAAAACAUCCCCUGGAAAUUCUCAAGGAAUCUGUACAAGGCGUGGCAACUGAAGACAGCACCUUCGAAGGCCUCCGGGAUAAAUUGUCCGCUCUCUUGAACUCAUUGAACAACGAAACUCAAGUUGAAGGAGGAGAAAUAUUUACUGAACCCACGUUGCCAAUUCCUGAACCAUUACUGGCUCAAUUUUCGCGAAGAGUCGUAUACAAUUGUACCGAUACAUUCAACGAAAGAUUAACUGCAGAAUAUUGGCUUUCGGUGCCAAAUGAAGAAACGGAUUCUGAGAUCGAGAAUAUCGCGUCUGACUUGACAGAAUUGUGUAAACAGAACUUAUCAGACGAAUACAAUUUGGUCAGAGAAAUUGAAAUAUUAUGCAGGAUCAGCUCAGCAAACAUAAUAGAGAAGGAAAAGAAAAAUGAUGAUCAAAAAAUCAAGAAACCACUAACCGGACCCUUAAGGACCAGAGGUUUUCCUAGAAUGGUGCAACAAAGACCAGAUCUGUUCAGGUCGAGACCUCCAAAUACGUCUAGACCUCCUUCGUUACACGUUGAUGAUUUCGUGGCUUUAGAAACGUGUGGAGCUCAACCUACUGGGCCUACAGGAUACAACAAAGUGAGUAGGGAGUUGAUGGCAUCUAGAAAUUCAAGAGGUUCGAGAGGGAGAGCUUUUGUUACUUCUGAAAGAGCUGUACAGUACAGGCAAAUGUCCUGGUGGGGUUCUGGUUUCGGUAGAUUUCCAUAUUGAUUUGUAUUUUGGAUGAUUAGGUUAAGUUUGUAAAUAAAUGUAAUUUCAGUUUC